AUGACACCUAGAAUGGUUUACAAAUGGUAUACAGUUGUAUAUAAUGUGUCUUUUGUCAUUGGCGUGCUUGGUUAUGCUAUGAUCCUCCUUGUCUUUUUCGGAUUGGCAUCGAUAUUCUCGGCUGAGCCUGGAUUAAUGCAAGCAGGUAUUCUAUUGCUUUGUUACGGCCUUUAUUUCGGUGUGUUAGGACGUGAUUUUGUUGAGAUCUGCUCGGAUCGGAUGGCGUCAACGAUCGGAUAUUAUUCAAAAGACGGUUUCCCACAGAAACAUUUGACGGCUGAUAUAUGUGCUGUGUGCGGCCUGACAACGUCAAACUCGCCGGGCACAUUGGCAGAACCGCAGCAGGCAGCAUUCACCGAUGACGAAGUUCAUCAACUCGCAUGUACACACAAGUUCCAUGAAAAGUGUAUUCGAGGAUGGGUUCUCAUUGGCAAAAAGGACACGUGUCCAUAUUGUAAAGAGAAGGUUGAUCUCAAGCAGUUCAAGAAGAAUCCAUGGGAUACUCAACAGCAGCUGUAUCUCAACAUCUUGGAUGGUGUUCGGUACCUUGUAGUAUGGCAGCCGGUAAUGUUAUUUUUCAAAACUUCAAAAGUUAAAAGAGAGGAAAGUUGA